AUGGUAAUCAGUUUUUUAACUUAUCGUUUAUUAUCUAUUCUUAUUGGAAUUCUUUAUCCAUUAUAUCAAACAUAUAAAUCAAUAAAAUAUCAAUAUUAUGAUCAAUAUCAAUCAUUAUUAUGUUAUUGGAUAUUAUUUAGUUUAUUUCAAAUAUAUGAAUUUCUAUUUGAUCAAAUUAUUUCAUUAAUUAUACCAUUUUAUUAUGAAUUAAAAUUAUUUUUUAUUUUUUGGUUAACAUAUAAAAAUAUUUCACAAUUAUUAUUUUAUCAUUUUAUUUUAAUCUAUUUAAAUAAAUAUGAAAAUGAUAUUGAUUAUUUAUUUAAUAAUAUAAUAAAUCGUUUAACAGAAUUAUUUCUUAAAUUUAUUUUAUUAAUACUUAAUCAACAACAAACAAUUAAAAAAAUCGAUCAAUUUGAAAAUCAAGGUGAUCAUAUGCGAUUAAAAACAAAUUUUGCUGCACAAUCUCGAAGAUUAAAUUUUAUUCAACGAAAAUAA